UACAAUAAAAUUUAGUACAACAAAAAUAAAUAGAGUUAGAAGACAAGUUAAUUUCUAAAUGAAACAAAAUCGACAAUCAAGGUUUUUGUGCAUUAAUCUUAUUACAAAUUUAUGUUGGGAUCCUACUGUUAAAAAGUUAAAAAAUAAUCAAAAGUUGACAAUUUAAUUUGCACCAAAAUGUCAGAAAUGUUUAGUUAAUUUAAUCUUGCAAAUAUCAAAGAUUUGCUCUCCAUGACUGAAUAAAAUAUUCAAGCUUGAUUAGAGAAAAUGGGUCAAUUGAAGAAAAUUGGUCACAAACUGUCACAAACUCCCAAAGCUGUUGAUAGUUCUCCUGUUUGGGAUCUUCAAGAUGAAGUUGGAAGAGAAAUGAUUCAUGAGUGGUCACAAAAAAGAAUUUUUAAACUUUCUACCAAAGGAAACUUUUUUUCUCGUUGUUUUCUUUUGUAUACAUUUAAAAUAGUCACACUAAAAAGUUUUUUUCAAAACUUUAACUUUAUGGUAUUUGUGCAGAUGGCAUUAGCUGGGAUCGCAGUAUACUUAUCAACACAUUUUAAUUUGACAUUUGAUGUAAAUAUAAAUUUAUUUGUUUCUCCUAUUGUGUUUCCAUUAGCUUUUGCAAUUAAUGCCGAUUUCCAAAGAAGAGAAAAGGUUUUAGAUGAUUUAGCAAAUUUUAAAGCUGCUGCAAUGACAUUAUUUUUUUGUAUGCGAGACUGGAGAGAACCUGCACAAUUAGAUAAGUUGUGGAUGCAAGCAUUUCACCAAAAACUGAAAGUUAUGCUUUUUUAUAUGAGAGAGUAUCUCAUGACCAACAAAAUAGUUCGUCGUAAAGUUAUUCUUCGAGCUAUUUAUGAAGAUUUAAGUGAUAUAAAUCAGCUAAUUGAAAAUGUUCGUGUGAGCCAGUUACCCACUAAUACAUCUCUCAUAGCUCGAGCUCUUGUGCUUAUGAAUACUAUGGGUUUGGCUUUUGAACGUCUAAGAGUUGUUCGCGAGUAUAGAUCUCCAAGAUCUAUACGGUCUUUCAAUAAAGUUCUCAUUUUUUUUCUACCGACUAUAUUAUCACCUAAUUUUGUUUUUAUUGGUCACAAAAGUGGUAAUGUGUGGGCAUCAUAUUAUAUAUCCAUAUUAGUUGCUUUUGUUUUUUCUGCUCUCCAAGGAGUGCAAGAUAAACUUGACGAUCCGUUUGAUGGAAUGAGUGAAGAUGACAUUAACUUAUCAACAAUAGAUGAAUGGACUUUUCAGUCUCUUGGAGCAACAGUAAAUCGAACUUUUACUGUCGGUAGAUUUAAAGUUGAAACACAAGCGAGUGUAAAAGACAAUUUAUUUCCUAGGUCUAGAACUUCUUUUACUACAGUAGUUGAUACCAAUGAUGGAUUAUUUCUUAAUAGAAAAAAAUCCCUUAGGAGAGUAUCAUCAUCUGAUGAAAGCACACUUGGCAAAAUGAGUGGAUUUAUUUUGAAUGAUCACCCUUCUUUAAAAAAUUGGAUUUUAAAAAAAAAAAGCCAGCUCCAAUUCGAAAAAGAUGUUGUUCUUGAAUCUUUUGAUCCUCAAUCUCAUCCUUAUGCUGGUAUACUUGAUAAAAUACAAGGAAAUACAACUAUCUUACCUGGAGGUAUCAUAAAACAACCAGUUGAAGAUCCUGCUGAAGAUUCAAUUACUAAUAGAGACUCAUAUACUAAUAGAGUUGAAACAUCAGGUACCAUAGCUACAAUGCUUGCACAUAAAACUAAUUCAGCAGUAUCCCAAAGUACUCAUGUCCUACCCUUAAGUAGUGAGUCUCAAGAUACCCAACCCCAAGGAAGUGAAUCUCUAAAUACGUCGCACACAUUUAUGAGUUCUCAAAAAUUAUUUUCUAAUCCUAAUUUGUGGUUGUUGUCAGGAAAUAAUUUUAAAUUCAAAGGCAAGCACAAAAAAAUAGCUUCUGAGCAAGUUCAUCUUUUAGACAAUGACUUUAUCAGUAACAAUCACUGUGAAAAAAUAGUAGAUGUUUUGGAUAAUGACUUAAAGAAUCAAGAGCCUCUUGAUAGUGAAUCUGAUGAUGAUGAUGACGACAGUGUAUUUGCUGAAAUAUAAAUUCUCGUUUGAUUUUAAAUUGAAAAAUGAAAACAAACUUUAUUAAUAACUUUUAAAAAAUUAAGUUAAAAUUUUUAUUUAUUUUUCCAAAUAUUUAUACCAGACAUGAAAUUUUCAGCAAUUUUCAUAUAUUAUAUAUAUUUUUUGUGACGAUGUUCAUUUAAUAGGAACUUAGUAUUAAUUGUUAAAAAUAUUUAUUGUUAACUUAUUUAAAAAUAAUUGUAGAUAAAA